AUGCACUCAGACUCAGGAUCCUUGAUAGACCCAUACCUCAAACUGCUGCCAGAAUUCUUCAAAUCCUCGCCGGCUCUCUGGAUCCCCCUGGUCGUCUUGGUCUAUCUCGUUAUCGUCGGCUACUCGCUCUCGAACGCGCUGAAUCGCCAACGCGGUAUCGAGGGAAGAAGACCGCGGCUUACGAUGGUAUUGGAUGUCGGUGAUUGUAUGGCAUUGGAUGUCGAUGAUCAGUAUCGAAACUGCGAGCAUGAGACUGUGACGGCAGAUCCUCGCAGAUGUAACGGACACGAGGCGGUUGAGCACCUCCCAAAGGGAAGCCUCUUUUGGAUCCCGGGGAACCCAGAGCUCGCUUCUUUGUGGCACAUGUCAAUAACGACGACCGAACCGAAAUACAGUUUGAACAUCUGGUCGUUUCCUGCGGAAGAUGAAGAACGCUACAACUCUAAAUAUAGGCACUUCUUCAACACCCAAGAGACCAAGUCUCUGGAGGUCGGGGAGCUCAAGACCGUUCUGAUACACAAUCAAGAUCCUGCCAGCGAACCAGCUCACCCCGCCGAAAAUCCAUUCCGGUCGCCGUCCCGUCAAAUGAACGCUGGUGCCUGCAGCAGCGGAAGCGGAGGCGGCGGCGGCGGCGAAGGCGAAGGCGAAGGCGAAGGCGAGCCCCUGAGGGAGAUAGCAGCUUGGGCUGGACAAGACUGGCUGGGACUGGCUGGGCUGGGGCUUGGACGCGAUUCACCUGAAUCGCGGGACUUUCCAGUUCUCGUUACCAUCGCACUCUCGGACUCGACCUUCGACUUCGACCUCGAUCCCUCGCUAAACUCCUCUACCGCCGACACCACCUCCCAGUCCUCCCGAUCCUCCCUGCGCUCACCAGCAACCCCUGCAUUCACCAAGAUGGGCCCGACCAUCCCCAAGAUUGCCCUACCCCGCGCCCCGGACCCGAACGUCGACCCGGCGGGCUACCUGCGGAACAUCGGCGCCGUGCGGGAGCGGUGCAGUCUGGUGAUGGCGAAGGCGCGGAAGGAUGAGCUGAAUCACUUUGACGUGGAUAUGGCCAAGUUUGAGGAUACGACGAAGUUUGUGGUGUCGGUUAUCAAGAGAGACUUCCCCGAAAACCUCGCCAGCAUCCCCCCUCACGGCCGCUGGCAGCACUUCAACGUUGGCUCCCGUGACCGCAUCGCCGAGCUACAGGCUUCCUGGGGCCCUGGGUGCGACCCCUCUGAACAAUGCCGUCGUCUCCUUGACCUCUUCCUCGUAUCCGUCCUGCUCGACGCCGGAGCUGGGAACAGCUGGUCCUACAAGAGCAACGAAAAUGGUCGCAGAUACCGCCGCAGUGAGGGGUUGGCGAUUGCGAGUCUGGAGAUGUUCAAGGAUGGUCUGUUCAGCAGUAACAAGAGUCAACCGCAUCAAGUGGACGGGGAGGGAUUGAGGAUGCUGAGCGUGGAGAGAAUGGCCAAAGGCCUGCAGGUUUCAGAUAGCAAUCCUAUUGCGGGCUUGGAGGGACGGACGGGACUGUUAGUCCGGUUGGCAGAUGCGUUGAACAACCAGGCGCUGUUUGGAGCUGAUGCGAGGCCGGGGAAUAUGCUCGACUACCUCCUCUCACACCCCACCACCCAAGCCUCCUCAAUCCCCAUCGUCCUCUUGCCCACGCUCUGGUCCGUUCUCAUCGAUGGCCUUGCUCCCAUCUGGCCCCCCUCCCGCACAACCCUCGAUUCGACCUCCCUCGGCGACGCCUGGCCCCUCAGCACCCUCCCCCGCACAGCCUGCACUCAACCCUGGGAGACCAUCGUACCCUUCCACAAGCUCACCCAGUGGCUCUGCUACUCCCUGAUGCAGCCCAUGAGCAAGCUCAUCCACAUCCACUUCGCCGGUGCUGAACUCAUGACAGGACUCCCAGAGUACCGAAACGGGGGCUUGUUCAUCGACACUGGUCUCCUCACACUCAAACCUGCAGAUAUGAAGAGAGGCCUACAGGCUUUCGCAGAUGAGUCCGUGCGAAGCGGUAAGAAGAGCAUGGAGGUUGUGCCGAUGUUUACUCCGGACGACGACGUGGUUGUCGAGUGGCGGGCCGUGACAGUUUGCUUCCUGGAUCUGCUGCUAGAGGAGGUCAACAACUUGCUUGGGCUGCAGGGCCCGGAUCGCUUGUCGCUGCCGCAGAUGCUGGAGGCGGGGAGUUGGAAGGGGGGCAGAGAGAUGGCUGAGAUCUCCCGUCCAAAUACGCAAUGUCCGCCUAUUGCUAUUCUGAGCGACGGCACGGUCUUUUAA